AAGAUUCAAGAUGGCGGUUGUGAAUACGGUCUAUUCACCGCUAGGACCCGGAAGUGAAUUCGCGGAGUGGGCGAUUACCAGGGGUCUGGGGUCGGGCCUGCAGCCUGGGUCCGGGUCUGGGGAGGCGGCUGCUCUCCGGGGGACGAUGAUCAAUGGUGGCGAGUGAAGGCUGGAGCUGACGGUAGCAGCUCGCCUCUGAUGGACGAGUGGAAGCCGAACCCGCGGGCCAAGCCGUUCGUCCCGCGGCGGCACAGGAGCUGGUUCAUCGCCUGGAAGUACAGGCUGAGGGGGCAGCGGUCGGCCAGGAGGCUGUGCCAGACUGGUGCACUCCUGUUUUUACUUGUGACUAUAAUUGUCAACAUCAAGCUUAUUUUGGAUACAAGAAGAGCAGCAAAUGAAGACGAGCUUGAAGACGACUAUGAUGAUGCAGUGCCAAAUAUGGAAACUGCUCGUAGGCCAUCACAUGGCCGGAAGGUUCUGGACAUUGAAGUGUAUUCCAGCAGGUCAAAAGUCUACGUUGCUGUUGAUGGAACCACAGUUCUUGAAGAUGAAGUCAAAGAGCAGAGUCGAGGAAUACACGUAAUUGUUCUGAAUCAAGCUACAGGCCACGUAAUGGCCAAACGUGUGUUUGAUACCUAUUCACCCCACGAAGAUGAAGCUAUGAUCCUGUUCUUGAAUAUGGUGUCUCGUGGAAGAAUCCUUCUCUUCACUAUCAAGGAUGAGGGAUCCUUCCAUCUAAAAGACGCAGCCAAGAAUCUGCUGAAGGGCCUGGGUAGUCAAAUUGCCUCAUCACUCAGUUGGCGAGACAUGUGGACUUUUGUGGUAAAGAAAGGAGGUCAAGUAUAUGGUGAAAAACAUUCAAAAUCUCCUGCCUUGGCCACUUGGGGUGAUCCUGUUUUAUUGAAGACUGAAGUUCAGUUAACCUCGACUGAAGAUGCUGAGUGCCACUGGGCAGACACAGAUGCCAAUCGAAGGAGGAAGACUUUCUGCAGCAAAGUGGAAGGAUAUGGGAGCAUCUGCAGCUGUAAGGAUCCAGCACCUAUUGAAUUUAACCCGGAGCCCUUAAAGGAUAACAAAGUUUAUGAUGUCCCAGUGGCAGUGAUAGCAGGGAACAGGCCUAACUACCUUUACAGGAUGUUGCGUUCAUUACUGUCUGCACAAGGUGUGAAUCCAGAGAAGAUCAUCGUCUUCAUUGAUGGUUACUAUGAAGAGCCAAUGGAUGUGGUAGAACUCUUUGGCCUAAAAGGUGUUCAACAUACUCCCAUUAGUAUUAAAAAUGCUCGAGUCUCACAGCACUACAAAGCCAGUUUGACAGCCACAUUCAAUUUACAUCCGGAUGCAAAGUUUGCUGUGGUACUUGAGGAGGACUUGGAUAUCUCAGUGGACUUUUUCAGUUUUCUCAGUCAAACAACCCAUUUACUUGAAGAAGAUGAAAGUUUGUAUUGCAUAUCUGCUUGGAAUGAUCAGGGCUAUGAGCACACAGCAGAGGACAUUGCUCUGCUUUAUCGAGUGGAGAGUAUGCCCGGGCUUGGCUGGGUUUUAAAGAAGAGCCUUUAUAAAGAUGAACUGGAGCCAAAGUGGCCAACACCAGAAAAGCUCUGGGACUGGGACAUGUGGUUGAGAAUGCCCGAGCAAAGAAAAGGUCGGGAGUGUAUUAUUCCAGAUGUAUCCCGAUCAUACCAUUUUGGCAUUGUUGGACUCAAUAUGAAUGGUUAUUUUCACGAAGCUUACUUCAAGAAACACAAGCUCAACACUGUUCCAAAUGUGCAGCUCAAAAAUGUAGAUAGUUUGAAAAAGGAUGCCUAUGAGAAUGAAAUUCACAAGCUGCUAAGUGAGGCCAAGGUUCUAGAUCAUACCAAAAACCCUUGUGAAGAUAGUUUCAUUCCAGACACUGAAGGAAAAAUCUACAUAAUGUACAUUCGAAUGGAACAGGAAGCUGAUUUUACAACAUGGACACAGUUAGCAAAGUGCCUGCACAUCUGGGACCUGGAUGUCCGAGGUAACCACAAAGGCAUGUGGAGGCUGUUCAGAAAGAAGAACCACUUGCUUGUUGUAGGGACACCUUUCUCCCCUUAUUCGGUAAAGAAGCCUGCAUCAGUUAUCCCAAUAUCUUGAGCCACCUCCAAAGGAAGAUGUGGAAUUGAACUGAGGAUGGCAAUCAAGGAGUUUACUAAUGACUAUCUUGACUACUUUAUACCACUAUAUUUAAUGUACUGUUUUAUCAUGGUGUUUACAUGUUUAAUGACCUGCUUUAACGAAAGAAAACAAAGUUAGCAAUGGCUAAUACUUGAUUAAUUGUAAAACUACUAUAGCUUUAGUUUUAUAAAUUAUGGAUUGAUAUAUUUAUUUUAACUGAAUGCUGAAACCACAUUUUCUGAAAUAUUAGCAAUGCCAGUCAUGUGGUUAGAUGGUUUAACUGAUGUAUCCAAGAGAUUAUGAAUGGGGUUCUGAUUCAUUCAAGCUAAAUAUAAUUGGUGAAUUUGGCAAAGCAGAUUUCUUCAAGCUAGUGUAUUUUCUUACAUCACAAGUGUUUCUGUUGUAAUUAUCUUGCUGUAUUUUGUACAGAUUGUUAGCCAGAUUUUUAUCACAAAGCUGUAUCCUGUCUUCAAAUUCCAGACAUGUGUAAAGAACUAAAUAUGUCAGCUAUUGUGAUUUUAAAAAAAAGAUUGGGAUUGGUUUAUUGUGAGUAAGAUAGAGAAAGAAUGAUCUAUUAUACUGCUGGACUGAAGUAUUUAAAAUUACUAACCUUGAGCAGGAGUGUAAUAGUACAAUCUAACACUAAAUAUUCUAGACUGGAAUUGCCAGGUUCUGAUUAAUUAAUUAACCUCAGCUUGGACUAAAUGUUAUUUCUUGACCUGCUUAAAAAAAAAGCUUGUUUAUUUGCAUAUCUUGAAUUGGGACAGAUUGUGUUGUCCAUUUAUAAAUAGUUGUUUAUAUUUGUAUAUAAUGAAUGGAGGAGCCAGUGAAAUAUUGGUACCUUUUGAAACUAGUGUUGUUCUGGGGUGACAGAAAAUCGCUUGAAUGUUCAAAUCAUUUAUUUCAAGCAGGUACAUUUCCCUUUUUAGAAUGCUUUAUUUUUCCCAUGUUGUACUCCAGCACAAUGCUAACAGCUAUUGUACAUGGAAUAAAAUUGUAUAAUUGAGGCUUUGAUUGCUUCAGAAUGAAUGAAAUGCUUGGCUCAAAUUUACAAGAUUAUAAACAGAGUAAUCCUAGUUUUAAUAAAAGUUUUUAAAGCCACAUUAAAGCUGCUGAUGGUUGAUAGAAUGGUAGGGGUAGGACAUGAGUGAGAUCUAAAACAUCAUCCAUUUAACACAACAAGCAAUUUAUAGGACCUGUUUAGUUUUACAAAAUACAGAAAUCCAAGAUUUUUUGAGAUAUAGUGUGGAGAAUAUUUACUCAAGGCAAAUUGAUCAGCUGUGUCAGUUUCUGGGGAGUGAGAAUAGUUAAUGCAAAUUAUUUAUGUAGCAUUAAUCUAUAUCUUACUGCAGUGCAGUUUCCAGCCAUAAUUGGUAAGGAAAUUUGCAUAAUCAUCUCUAACCUGGCCAUUUCCAUUCAUAAUUUGACAUUUAAGAAAAUGUGCUGGAACUGGGAAAUCUGUUCUUUUGUAAAAUGCUCACUGAAUAGAAUUUAAUUUGUGGAAAUAGAGUAAUGAUGAGAUGAACCUUUUUUUUGUGUUUAGCUUUUAGAGCUGACCUUUCAACUUCUUAUCAUGAGUGAGUCCCAGUCCUGAGGUGGCAGUUGCUGUAGAGAGAUCUAUUUGGAUAGUUGCUGAAAGAUAUUAUCUCCAAAAAGAUUUUUAAAUCUACCAGCAAAGUAACAAACAUUACUUGAUAAUUGGACAUCACUAAUUUUAAAUCAACUUCUGAUCAUCUACUAUACUACUUCUAAAGUUUGUAGAAAUGUCAGUGUUCAAACUGCCAAAUACAUUGUGGCCUCAGCUGAAAUAGUAAUAAGUUUUAAUCAUGUGUUAAUCCUCAAUGUUUCUGUUACCUGUGGAAGCUAUGUUGAAGUUUAGGAGUUUCUUAUUCAUUCUGUUCUGGAACUCUAGCUGCCAUGGUGAAGCUAUCUCUCCCAUAACUUUCAUAAAUGAUUCACUUUCUAAAUGAUGAGCAGACUGUACACUAGCGCAGUUCCAAUUCUUUAAGCAGUUUUGAAACUUAUAAUAACAGAGACACUGUUUUGUUAUGAUUUUGUGCAAAAGAUGGAUGAUUCCAUUUAAAAUGAAAUAGAAAGGACUGUUAAUAUUUUGUGCUUAAGAGCAAAAUCAAAUGUGGCUGAUAACUACCGUGCCUUGCUUGUCUAGAGUCCCUUGAAGUGAGUUGAAUUAACUUUGUAAUAGUUGUUAUCUUGCGAUUGAAUUAGAUUGAUUGUUCCAAAGAUCUUGACCUUACCACAAGGAGUGGGUACUAUGCAAUAUUUUCAAUAGCUAAUGUCAGGCUAGCAAUUCUCAUUAGUUAAAAUUAAUUAUUUUGUCUCCAGACAAUCUAGCUCUUGUAUCAGAAUGGCUACCAGAUUUGAUUAUUGACUAUGCAUUGUAAUAAGAGAAAUUAGUAUUAAACACCAGGAAUCUGACCUACAAAAUUUUUGAUCAUCAACCUUAGUGUUUUGGGCAGUUUUCCCUUGUACAUCUGUGAUUUGUUCUGUGUGGAAGUGCUAUAUUAAUGCAAGCUUUAGAAGUAGAAUUAGAACAGUCUAAAAGGAGAAUGUGUUUGGAAAUAAGGCUACUGGAGCUCUUGUUCUGCAUCUGCUUGGUAAGCCAAUGUGAGAGAAGGUUUCUGCUGCCUAUUGGUAUUCAAUUAAUUAGUUCUGUGUUUCAGUUUUACUCAAUUCAUCAUCAAAUCCUUAUUUAUUGAGUUUGUCUGACACUAUGCAGAGAGUGGGCUCAGUUUGCUGAUGUGAAGCUGUUAGCUCCUGACUGAUCUGUUGGUCACAUUUAACGACAAUUAAGUAUUCAAAACUGCAAGGGUUUGCUCCUUUUUCAUGAAUAUAAACUUCUCUCCUAAAUGUGCUGUACUGUUCUCAAAGUGAGAGAGAUCAUUUCUAAAGCACUAUGCAUCCAUUGUGGCUUUGCUUCUUUAACUUGGUACUCCAGAUACUGAAGCACUUCAUUUCCUAAUCAGGACUAAACUAAAUGACGACAAUAAAAGCAUUGCAUUUUCAUGCAUACAGUUGAUUACAUGUGGAUGCUGCACUGUAAAACCACCUGCACUGUAACAUCAUCAGCACUGAGCAUCAGUUGCUUCAACCAUUUCAGACUGCCUCUUCCAAUAUUUAACUUUUAUUUGCUUAGUAAAACUUGUCAUUUCUUGCAACUGCAGGUAUUAAACAUUAAAAGGAAAAAAUUGUGUAGGCCAUGUUGUGACUGUACAACCUAUCAUUAGUUUUCGAUCAGCUCUGUAAUAAAGCAUUUUGUAUAUUGUUAAUAAGCAUAAAUGCAGAUGCUGACAAUUAAACAAUUGUACAUGUUUAGU